CAAAGAUUUCACCAGCACGCUCACUUCUCACAACAUUAGAGCGUCGCAGGAGGGGCGAAUCAUCCAGAAUAUAUACCCGACACCCAGCCACAAGCUUUGAAGUAAUCCUGAAUUUUCACAAAUCUUGAAAAGAAAAUGCGUGUCUGCUGUUUGUGCCGAGCGUGAGAUCUUUGCGUAGUCAUGCUUUUGCACAUCGAGGUCAGUGAGACAGCGAACCUCUCUGAGAUGCUGCAGAUGCUCCGUUAAUCUUCAUCCCGCUCCUUCUGAUGCACAGCAUGUCUCUCACUGCUGUGCUUUUAGUGCAUUAGGAUAGCACCAAAGGACAGCUUAGUAUCCAAGGAUUUCUUUCUUAAAUCUCUCUCUCUCUCUCUCUCUCUCUCUCUCUCUGAUUGUGUUGUAUCCGCAACCAUGCCUGGUACUCCUCUUCAUCACCUCAUCAUAGGGUCUACCUUAAUGCUCAUCACAUUAUCUAAUGGCAGUACAACACCUCUGUCCAGCUCCUCUGCUUCAUUCCAACCCAUUCCGGAUGUAUCUGUUGGUCUGGAGGAACAUGAUGGUGUCCUCCGGGAUGCUGAAAAUCCUGCCAUGUCUGGUUUGGUAGAAAGUUCCCAGGAGAGUUCUGGGUUCUUCAGUGAAGACAGUGAGGAGAAUAAAGGUCCUCUGGCAUUGCGGAAGUGGGAUGCUCAAGCAGAGAUCAACUCCAGUCUGGAUGCAGAUUCUUUGAUAGGUUAUAAUCCAUCCUCCAAUCGUCCUUCCUCUCUCACCCUCCGCAAGGCUCCCAUGAAGCUUAAUUCCUCCUCAUCUUUCUUCCUUCCUGCGGUUAAAUCUUCAAACCCAGAACAAUGGCAAAGGGAUUUCGAGGCCAGUGGUUUUCCAGCUCAUUCUUCCUCUCCACUGUCUACCACAGCUGCCGCACCGCUUAUGCACUCCUCCGUCACAGACACGCAUUCCUCCAUCACUGAAUCCAUGGCUGGGUUCUUUGGCCCAAUCAACCCAUUGCCUGAGGCCACAGCUGGUGCUGACAGCCCUGAGGAGGACUUUGAUGAUGGAAGAGAGAACAUCCUCACCCAGGCACCUACCGUUCCAGAAAUAGGGAUGUUCCCUAGCCAAGUGCCCUUACAACCUGACGAUUCCCACCAGGAUGACUCAGAGGAACAGGAUGAAAAUGAGGAGGUUGUGGCAUUCCCAACUGAGAUAGAUGGACAGGAGGUAGAUAUUUGGAAGCCACAUUCAUCAGCAGAUUCGGACACGCCUAUUGUGGCCUUCACUGAGACAGCCUGGCAUGAGGCAGAGGAGGAGGAGGAGUCAGAGGAGUCUGAACUUCGUCAUGGAGGCACUGAUUAUUUGUCAGAGACAGACCUGCAUGGUUCCCAAGAAGCAGUGCAGGUAAUUUGUGUUGACUGGAGUGAUCUGGCAGGAAAAGGCUAUGUCAUCCUCAACAUGACAGAAGAUUACGAUUGCGAAAAGUUUCGUGUGGAGAAUGGUGACAGGCUGCUGGAGAUGCUGGAGAGCACAUUCUCCAGGAAGAUGAACAGUCCUCAGAGCUCAUGGCUCAUCUCGCUUAGCAAACCCACCAAACAGGAACACCAGCUUCUCAUGACGCUUGCCAGUGAUCAGGGUGUCAUUGCUACUAAAGAUGUGCUGUCAAUGCUAGGGGAAGUAAGGAGAGGAUUAAAUGAGAUCGGCAUUCAGAACUUCUCCAGCGUGAGCACGUGUCACUCCAGACCCAGCCAGACGCGCAGCGAUUACGGCAAAUUGUUUGUCGUUCUGGUGAUCAUAGGCUCGGUGUGUGUGAUUAUCAUUGCGUCCGGGCUCAUCUACAUCUGCUGGCAGCGCCGUCUUCCCAAAAUGAAGAGCAUGUCACGUGGCGAGGAGCUGCAUUUUGUGGAGAACGGCUGCCAUGACAACCCCACGCUGGACGUGACGAGCGAUGGCCAACCGGAGCCACAGGAGAAGAAGCACAGCACCAACGGCGUGCCAGCAGGAACUGGAGCUUGGCAGGGCAUGCCGAACAAGUCGGGCAAAGACGAGGAAGACAAUCAGGAAGAGGAUACUCACCUCUAAUAAGGAGGAGAACAAAGGGAAAGUAAAAAAUUUGUGUAAGGUUUUCCAUCAGGGCACAGAACACCAGAGCUUUUUUUUCCAACUACCUGCUGAAUAUUUAAAGUGAUUGUCUAUGGCUUGUACGGUCUUUUAUUUAUCUGCACCAGCGACAGCACGUUCAUAUUCAAUCAAUGUGGCGUGGGUUGAUUCUUUAAUAGUGCAAGCACAGAGAGGCAUCUGUAAACAUUCUAGUGCUAAUCGGGGAGUAUUUCGUUCCGGAUAUUCGCGAAUACUUACUAAUUAUCUUUAGCUGUGAAGAAACAUGUAUUGAAAACCUGCCAAAUUGCGUCUUCAGUAAGUCUUGCACUGUCGGAACUCAGCAGGAUAGCAGUAUUUCCUAGGAUCUUAAUGCAUAAUAAUGUAUUUCGACUGGCUAUUGCAGUACACGCGUAUCCUAUUUUCUUUUGUAUGGAUGCAUCUAGUGCACUUUUCGAAGCAGUACAUUAGCGCAGUGUGUUAUAACAUGGUGAAGUUGCAGCCAGCUGGCCUUGCUCUUUAAAUCGCUUGUCGGAAUGGCCUCUCUUCAAAUGAGAUGUUUUUUUCAUUGUUCUUUGUUUUCAGUGUCAUUGUCAAGGUUCACAUCAGUGCUCUCGCGCACAUUCACUGUAAAAAGGAAAAGAAAAAAUAAAACUUGCACUGCAUAGGGCUUACAUUUUUGAAACAAGAACAGUCUAUCCUUAUUCUGUUCGAUUCUUUUAUAUAUCUAAUGCCAAAAUGAAGGUAGAGCAAACAGAACUUGUAUAAAUAUAAGGAAUAUGAAAACUGAACUAAUUAUUCAACCUAAACCCAAUCCACUACAUCUCUAGUGUGUGUUUAAUUACCACAGACAAGAAUCUGGGCAUUUUCCCCCUUGUACUAUGAAAAGUUUACUAGAAACUCAUUUGAUUUAGAGUAGCCAAUCCACCUCCGGGCAUGUUUUUUUUAGGUGGGAGGAAACUGGAGAACAAAUUAUAGGUAGGAUUCAACUGCCCAAGAGUGUUGAAUUUCUUUUCUGUGGCACUUAUGACAGAUGCAGUGGGUUGAUAUUAGGUUGAAAACUCUGGAGUCUACCUUGAAGGAAUGGUGGAGUUGAAACAAAAGCAAUUUCUCAAAUAUACACACUUCAUUUAGUAUUCUAAAGAGAAAAAUCAAGUCAACUCCCUGUGAUUUACAGUACAGUCAUGUCCAGCAUAUCUGAUAUUAACCUGGUAUAUUAGUCACAUUGUUACACCUAGCUCUUAUUACCACAUAAACGAUGUAAAAUAGAGAUCGGUUACAAUGUCCUGAUUAUGGAAACGUUCAUUACAACAUGCAUCUCAUUUCCUUAUCGCAGUGUGUCGUCAUAGAUACAGCUUGAAUAAAAUGAUUAAUACAGGGUUAUCUCUUUAUUUAAAUACACAAGAUGGAUAAAACUUAAAACCUACACCCACUUGCUUUAAAUGAAGAACCAAAACAAUUCGUUUUCAAAGAAACAAAUUGUAAUAGUCAGGGACUGAUAGUUGUAGCUGCUGUAACUUGAGCUCAGUAGCUCACAAUGUUGGAUUACUGAUGGAAAGGUUGUGAGUUCAAAUCCCAUCACUGUCAAGCUGCCUCUGUUUGGCCCUUGAGCAAGCCUCUUUAACCCUCAGCAUGUAUAAGUGAGAUAAAUAUAAGUUGCGCUGCAUAAGAGUGUCUACAAAAUGCCCUAAAUGUAUGUUCCACAUAGAAAUAUUCGAUCAUCUGAAUAACAAUUUGGCCUUGAAGGAGCUGGAGGAAUCAUACUAAAUUUAGGAAACAGGUUCUAGCUGUCCAAUAUGGCUGCCUGAAUAGUAGUGUUUAGCUACAUGGUUAAAAAUUUUUUAUAGAUUAAAGUAAGCAGUGAUGGACCACGAUUAUGAAACUACUAGAGCUGAGCAAUAUGUCUCUUCGAUGGCAUAAUAAGAAUAAUUUCAUACAUGUGCUUUAAGACUGCUGCAUUUUUUAAGUCCGUAAUGACUGACAGGGUUCAGGCAGGGAAGCAGGCAGUAAAAGAAACGGUCAUUUAAACCCAAAAACACUGAGCUAAACAGAAGCGGUGCUUGUCAUCUGUCCUUUUGUGUCAUUUGGGCAGCGUCUGCUUUGUCUAUCUAUUUUCACUUUCUCCUUUAAGGCAUUUUUUGGAGAAAAAAUAA